UCUUCACAAAGUCUUCCGGUUCUGGACCUGACCGCCGGACUCUGCAUAAUUCGAAGCAAAUACGGAGACAGAGCAGCGGUCUCUCUCUCUCUCUCUCUCUCUCUCUCUCUCCGCGGAACGGAAAGACAUAUUCCAUUCCCCCCCACCUCUCUCUCUCUGCAGCCAAACAGCCCUUCUCGUCUCUCUCUCUCUAUCUCUCUCUCUUUGCUACCCUUCUCGCCCACCAAAACCCUUCCUUUCACCCCCAAACCCCUUCGGGUUCCAGGAAUUGCCCCGCACGUGGCGCUGAAUUGAUUGGGCGAUUGGAAGCGGGAAGGGAAUCACGGCAUAUCAUCCGCCGCCGCCGAAGCCGGUGAAGUAAAGAUGGCAGCAGGGGCCGCGACGUGGCAGCCGCAGGAGGAGGGUUUCAAGGAGAUCUGCGGGCUGCUGGAGGAGCAAAUAUCCCCGACCUCCACCGCCGACAAGUCCCAGAUUUGGCAGCAGCUCCAGCACUAUUCCCAGUUCCCCGAUUUCAACAACUACCUUGCCUUCAUCCUGGCCCGCGCCGAGGGGAAAUCCAUUGAGGUCCGACAAGCAGCUGGCUUGCUCCUGAAGAAUAACCUUAGAACGGCUUUCUUGUCCAUGAAUCCUGCCCAUCAGCAGUACAUAAAAUCAGAGCUAUUGCCUUGUUUAGGGUCGGUUGACAGGCACAUCAGAUCCACCGUCGGAACUAUCAUAAGUGUGGUCGUUCAAAUAGGAGGAGUUUUGGGAUGGCCCGAGUUGUUGCAGGCACUGGUGACUUGCUUGGACAGUAACGACCUAAACCACAUGGAAGGUGCCAUGGAUGCUUUGUCCAAGAUUUGCGAAGAUAUACCCCAAGUGCUCGAUUCAAAUAUUCCUGGCGUACCAGAACGACCUAUUAAUGUAUUCCUUCCAAGAUUGUUUCAGUUUUUCCAGUCACCUCACACAUCUUUAAGAAAGCUUGCUUUGGCAUCCGUAAAUCAAUACAUAAUGCUGAUGCCUGCUGCUUUAUAUGCAUCAAUGGAUAAAUAUCUUCAAGGAUUGUUCAUUUUAGCAAACGAUUCAGCUGGAGAAGUGCGCAAAUUGGUUUGCUCAGCAUUUGUUCAACUCAUUGAAGUCCGUCCAGAUUUCUUGGAGCCUCAUCUGAGGAACGUUAUUGAGUAUAUUCUGCAAGUGAACAAGGAUUCUGAUGAUGAAGUGGCUUUGGAAGCUUGUGAAUUCUGGUCUGCGUAUUGUGAUGCUCAGUUGCCUCCUGAAAACUUGAGAGAAUUCUUGCCAAGACUUAUUCCAGUGUUAUUAUCAAACAUGGCUUAUGCUGAGGAUGACGAGUCACUUGUUGAUGCUGAGGAAGAAGAUUCUCUCCCCGAUAGAGAUCAGGAUAUCAAGCCCCGUUUUCAUACAUCACGACUUCAUGGGUCUGAGUAUGAGGAAGAUGAUGAUGAAGAUAUUGUUAAUGUAUGGAAUUUGCGGAAAUGUAGUGCUGCUGGUCUUGAUUUUCUCUCAAAUGUCUUCGGCGACGAAAUCCUUCCUGCAUUAAUGCCGAUAAUUCAGGCUAAGUUGUCAGCCACUGGAGAUGAUGCAUGGAAAGAAAGGGAAGCUGCAGUUUUAGCCCUUGGUGCGGUUGCUGAAGGUUGCAUAAGUGGUCUCUAUCCUCAUUUGGCGGAGAUUAUAGCAUUUCUUAUCCCUCUGUUGGACGAUAAGUUUCCACUCAUCCGAAGUAUUACUUGCUGGACCCUCUCUCGUUUUAGCAAAUAUAUUGUUGAGGGAGUUGGUCACCCGAAAGGCCGAGAGCAAUUUGAAUACGUGCUUAUGGGGCUCUUGCGAAGAAUUUUAGAUGAUAACAAGAAGGUGCAGGAGGCUGCUUGCUCUGCUUUUGCAACACUCGAGGAGGAAGCUGGCGAAGAACUGGCUCCGAAGUUGGAAAUUAUUUUGCAGCAUCUUAUGUCUGCAUAUGGGAAAUAUCAGAAACGGAACCUCAGGAUUGUUUAUGAUGCAAUUGGAACACUAGCAGAUGCUGUUGGUAGAGAACUAAAUCAGCCCACUUAUCUCAAGAUCCUAAUGCCUCCACUGAUUGCUAAGUGGCAACAACUUUCAGACGCAGACAAGGAUCUUUUCCCCUUGUUGGAAUGCUUCACGUCUAUUGCACUGGCAUUAGGUACUGGAUUUUGUCAAUUCGUUGAACCAGUAUUUGAGAGAUCCGUACGCAUUAUACAAAUUCAGCAGCAAGCAAAGGUUGAUCCUGCUGCAGCUGGACUCCAGUAUGAUAAAGAAUUUGUGGUCUGCUCUCUUGACCUGCUUUCCGGACUUACAGAGGGUCUUGGCAGCGGUAUAGAAAGCUUGGUUUCUAAAAGUCGUUUGAGUGAUUUGCUCCUGCAAUGCUGUAUGGAUGAUGCAUCUGAUGUACGUCAAAGCUCCUUUGCGCUGCUUGGAGAUCUUGCAAGGGCAUGCCCUGCCCAUUUGCAUCCUCGGGUGGCUGAAUACCUUGAUAUUGCAGCGAAACAACUGGCAUCUCCUAAGUUGAAGGAGUCUCUGUCAGUUGCAAAUAACGCCUGUUGGGCAAUCGGGGAACUCGCAGUCAAGAUUCGGCAAGAGGUCUCUCCAGUUGUCAUGACAGUUAUGUCAUGCUUAGUUCCUAUUCUUCAACAUGCUGAGGAGCUCAACAAGUCACUUGUUGAAAAUAGUGCGAUAACUCUAGGUCGGCUUUCAUGGGCUUGCCCGGAGCUUGUGUCUCCACAUAUGGAGCACUUCAUGCAACCGUGGUGUGCUGCUUUGGCAAUGAUACGUGAUGACAUUGAAAAGGAGGACGCUUUUCGGGGUUUAUGUGCUUUGGUGAGAGCUAAUCCAUCAGGGGCUUUAACUUCUUUGGUUUUCAUGUGUAAUGCCAUCGCGAGUUGGAAUGAAAUUCGAAGCGAGGAGCUGCAAAAUGAACUUUGUCAGGUGUUACAUGGUUAUAAGCAGAUGCUGAGGAAUGGAGCAUGGGAUCAGUGCAUGUCUGCGUUGGAGCCCCCUGUGAAAGACAAGCUCUCAAAGUACCAAGUCUAGCAAUUUUUGACAGCUGAUUUGUGCCAUUUUACCCCACCAUCAACUGCUGAAUUUGAGCCUGCAAUCACAACAGAGCUUCAGUGAUUUUGCGCAUCAUCACCCAAGCAUUUUCGGUCCAUACAUAUUUAGAUUGGAACCAGGUCAGCCCGCUAGGGACGACGUUACACAGUCGUAUCGUAUAGAGUGAACAUGGCCCCUCCAUGAGGUCCAACAUGCCCUUCAUAAAGAGGAACGUUGAUGAAGAUGAAGUUCGGGUUAAAGAUGUUAUAUAAAUAUAUAUAUAUAUGCAACUAUGGAUUCUUUUACGUCUUUAGAUUCGUCCCCCGAGUGUUGAGUUCUAGAUGUGUAAAGAGUUUUUUUUUUUUUUCUUUUCCUAAUUUAUGGUUUCUGAUUUCUUCAUUAUUUAUUUUCGGGGGAAUUAAGGUUAUUAGGUUUACGUUCUGUUCUGAGGUGAAUUUGUGUUGUACCGUAGACGAAGCUUGCGGGUUCUGGCUCGGAUGGAGCAGCCAUAGCUUUUGGUUUGUGGGAGCAACAACUGUUUUUGGUAUGUUGGGUCCAUAAGUCAUUGAUUUUGCUGUCUUUUGUCUGAUUUCACGUCCGUACCGUAGAUUGAGAGAUGUGAAGAAUAUGUUGGUUUUCUCUUGUUUAUUUAUGAAAUGAGAAUGGGGAAAAAAAAUUUGAAUUUGUGUA